AUGAAGAAUUAUGAUACCAUUUGGGUUAUUAUGGAUAGGUUGACUAAAUCGGCUCACUUCAUUCUGAUUCGACUUAACUAUCCAUUGGAGAGGCUAGAAGAGUUGUAUAUUGAGAAGAUUAGGAAGGGAGAAGUGGCCUAUCAUAUUGCUUUACCACCGUUGCUUGAUAAUCUUCAUGAUGUGUUUCAUGUGUCUCAGAUGAGGAGAUACAUUUUGAAUUUGUCUCGUGUGAUUCAAGUGGAUGAUGUGCAUGUGAGAGAUAACCUGACUAUUGAGGCAUCACCCAUACAGAUCGAGGGUCGGGAAGUGAAGCAGUUACGUGGUAAGGAGAUUACCUUAGUGAAGGUAGCUUGGGGAGGACCAUCUGGUGGAAACAUGACUUGGAAGCUUGAUGGCCAGAUGAGGAAGUCGUAUCUGAAUAUGUUUCCUUAA